AUGGCUAGUUCAUCUAGCAAUACUGUCGAAUCAAUUUUAACAUUCCCCAUUCUUCAUCGUCAUUGUUUCCCCAUCUAUGGCGCGCACCAAACGAAAUCUCCUGCUGCUGUUGCUACUUCGUCGUCCUCGUCGCCAUCUAAAGAUCUCCCUGUCGCCGCAUUAAGGAAGAAAUUGAAGGAAAAGAAGAAAACACCAGAAACUGAAUCGACUAGUGUAUCCUCCGACCCAUCUAAGGUAGUCGAACCUGCUGUAUCGGCACCAGAAAAGAAAAAGGGGAGAAAAAUGCACGGGAUUGAUACUCAACGCAAAAAGGGUGCUGCAAAAUCUUCGAGUUCUGUUGACAAAGCACUGCUUGAUUGUAAAUUCAUCAAAUGGGAUUAUUUUGAUCAGGUAAAUUUUCAAUUCAAAGAACUCUUUGAAUUUCAAGAAUGGAUGAACGUUUGUGAAUGCACUAAUGCUUAUUAUCCUAGAUUGGUUCAAGAUUUCUAUAGAACUCUAAGAAUAGUUGAUGAAGAAGACAAAUUUGAAGUUGCCUUGAAUGAUAGUGCGUAUGUCAUUUCUGUUGAGUUGAUUGCUAAGGCUUUAAAAUUGCCUAAUGAUGGAAAUAAAAUCUCUACUCAUAGAGAUGUUGCUAGAGUUCCAGGCUUUAACUUGGCUGAGUUUGAAAAUGAAGUCUUUCUUGCCAACACUGUCACUAGUGAAAAGUCUGCUAGCACAAAAGCUUUUCAACAUAUUAAAAUUAUUCACAGUAUGGUGAAUUAUAUUUUUUGUCCUAAGUCUGGCAGCUAUGGUUAUUUGAGUUACCUGGAUAUGUGCAUCAUGUGGCAUAUUGUUAACAGAGUAAGAAUGAAUUUGGCAUAUCUGAUUUUCAAGAAUAUGUGUAAAGCUUAUGGGAUUGAAAAAUUGCCUUAUGCACAUCUCUUGACUGCUUUGUUUAAAGAGUUGGAUAUAAAUAUCUCUAAGGAGAGUUCUAGGAUAGAUUUGAUUGUGCUUAGAGAAAUUCACUUCGAUACUGAUGGAAGAAAGAAACGGUUUAAAAAAGGUGAUUCUUCCUCAGCUAAAGUUGAUUUAGAUUCUCAAAGUGGGUUUAUGAGUGAGCUUCAAGGGCUAAGAACUUCUAUUAAUGAGCAAUUUAGUACAACACAUCCGUCUAUUGAACUUCUGAGAAAAUUUGUGGAUAUCGUUGAUUACAAAGUGAGUCAUUUGCUUACUCAAAAUGAGGAAUUAAAGAAACUGAUUGUAGAUCUUCAGCAAGCAAGGGAAACUAGUUUCCCAACCAAAGUUAAGACUGAUGUACGUGCAAAUGAUGCCUCUUCAUCUGCUACUCAUGUCUCUACUCAUGGUAAUGUUGAGUGUGAAGGUACUGAGCUUAGUGAGUCUACAGCUGCUGUGGAACAUAAAAGUGAACAAGUUGUUGAAUCUGAAGUUGAACCUAUAGUUGAAGCCCCUGUUGAGCAUGAAGCCUCUCUAAAGGAUCAACAAGAGAGUGCUCCAUCUCAACCCUCUGCAGCUGCUGCACCUCCAGCCAAGAAAGGUAGAAAAAGAUCUAAGUCUACGGUGUCUAAUCCAUACCAGUCUCUGGCUGCUGCCCUUCAAACCCCAUCUGAUGAGGAUAAGCCACAGAAGCAUGAGCAUUUGGCUGACCAAGGUUCUCAGCCACCUACUGCUAAACCUUCCAGGAAGAAGAUGGUGCCUUCCAAAGCUACUCGAAGGAGCAAAAGACUUAAUGAUUAA